UCUGUGACUACUAGUUUCUCUGUGGUUGUGUGUGUGUGUAUCAACGGAUACCAACGAAAUGUAUAUAUAAAUAUAUGGAAGUGGUAUUGGUCGGUUUAGAAUGUUUCAUAGAAGGUUAAUUGUUUUAUUUAAGAUCACGCACAGACUUUAUUCUUCAGCACGUGCACGAAGCGAAGAAACCGUCAAAUAUAUAUCCGUCAAUGGUAGAGAGUUUCAGUGUGAUUCAUGGAGCAAUGUCUCGUCAAAAAUUCUGUCUCACUUGGGUAGAAAUCUGCAUUUACAACAGUAUCACCCCUUGUCACUAAUUAAGCAAAGGAUUGUGAAUCUGUUCUACAAGAGAUUUGUUGGGCGUACAGGAAAUCCAGUUUUCUCUGUGUAUAAUGACUUGAGUCCUGUAGUCUCAGUGAAACAAAAUUUUGAUAGCUUGCUUAUCCCACCUGGCCAUGCAAGUAGAAAGAAAAGUGAUUGUUAUUAUAUAAAUCGUGAUUACCUACUACGAGCACAUACUACAGCUCAUCAAUCAGAACUUAUAAACAUGGGACUUAAUAAUUUUCUUGUUGUUGGGGAUGUGUAUAGGAGAGAUGAGACAGACUCAACUCACUAUCCUGUCUUUCAUCAAGUUGAUGCAGUUAGGCUUUGCAAUAAAAAUGAAGUUUUCAGGUCCAUUGAAAAUGGUGAUGAAAUGCCUAUAUUUGAGAAUAAUGGCAUCAGAACAGCAGAGAAACAGGAAACACAUUCACUAGAAGCAAGUAAAAUAAUGGAAGAAGAGCUGAAGGCUAGUCUUGUUAUGCUGACCCAGGAUUUGUUUGGGCAAGAGGUAAAGUAUCGUUGGGUGGAUGCUUAUUUUCCAUUCACUCAUCCUUCAUGGGAACUAGAAGUGCAUCAUCAGGGUGAAUGGAUGGAACUUCUUGGAUGUGGAAUUAUGGAGCAACGAAUAUUACAAAAUGCUGGUGCCCAAGAUCAGAUUGGAUGGGCAUUUGGUCUGGGUUUGGAACGUCUUGCCAUGUGCCUGUAUGAUAUCCCUGAUAUCAGGCUUUUCUGGAGCACAGACACAGGAUUUCUGUCACAGUUUGAAAACAGAGAUCCAUAUGAUGACAUUAAAUACAAGCCAAUCAGCAUAUAUCCACAGUGCAUCAGUGACAUCAGCUUUUGGUUACCAGAAAAUGGAGAUUAUACAUCCAAUGACUUCUAUGAUCUUGUACGUGAUAUAGGAGGAGAUACUGUGGAGCAGAUAUCUUUGGUUGACAUAUUUACUCAUCCAAAGAAACAACAAACUAGUCACUGUUACCGUAUUGUGUACCGCCACAUGGAGAAGACUCUAACACAGGAAGAAGUGAAUGUGAUUCACAAACAGAUUGAGAAAGCAGCAGCUCUUAAACUCAACAUUAGUAUCAGGUGAUUCCAAUGGUGGUAUGUAAAUCUGUAAUGAGAAUAUUAAUAAUAAAUAACUUAUAUAAUUGAAAGAUAAUAGUUAUCAUUAGUUUAAGAAUCAUCACGAGAGACCUGGAAAAUACUACUACUAAUACCAGAUGAUACUGUAUUAGAUAUGAAACGUAAGUAAAAUAUCUAUGUGCAUGCGUCAACAGGGGAAUGUCUUCCGACUUGCCUAAUUUGUGAAGGUUUCUGGAAACGAUAUCACCCCAGGUUCCCUUUGAAAUGAAUAAACUACUGCUUCUGUGUCAUUUAUUUACACAUUAUCACUUUUUGUGUGUUAGACAAGAUGAACAGUGAUGCCAUUAUAUAAUCUGCUUCAUAAAAUGAAUGCAUUUUGAGGAUUUCAGUUUUCAAAACAUUUCCAAAUCUGAGUCCAUCAUAUUUACAUGAAUAGGCAUUAUUUUUGUUAAUUUAUUAAAUGAACUUCAUGACAAAAGAAUUAUAUAUACAAUAUUUCCUUGUAAUAGGAAGUGAAUCAGGAAUGAAAUAUAUGUAGUAUUCUGUUACCAGACCCAUAACACUAUAAAACAAUGACAUAGGGCUUGCACCUUAUUUAGUAUCAAUACAUAUGAUUAUAAUAAGAUGUGAUAAUUUCAUGGCAAGCACAGAUAUUUUAAAUUAUGUGCAUUACAUUUGCUUUAAUGUCAGGAUGUUAAAUCCAUUUUGUUUUCUUUUGAGUGGCAGUAUCUGUUGCCAAUUAAAUGUGUUCACUCAUAACCAGUUAAUAACAAAUACAAUAAACUGCAAGUCAGAAACGUGAUCCAGUUACCACCAGUUGAAAACCUGUUACUGACUGGGCAGUGAUUUUGCCGCUCAAGUCACAGAUAUACGUUUCUGUCUUACAACCAGUAAAAACUGAACCUAGGCCCUAGACUGCGGAAAUGAAUCUUCUUGAAGACUUGUUUUGUUUGGAACAGAUACAGAAGCUGGAUAUCCUGUUCACAAUAAAACUUUCCACAGGAUGUAAUAGCAGUUAAUAUAAUCAUAUAACUGAAGUACAGUGGAACCUCACUUAACGAGCAUAAUUCGUUCCAGGAUCUUACUCGUAAUGCAUUCCAUGCCAAA